CCGGGGCCCCGCUGCACUGAGGUGUCCCCGCCCCUUGUGCCUGCUCAGCAGCACCUCGCGCCGCCCCUCCCCCGUGGACUGGGGCACUUGCGGGGGAGCGGGGCCCCGCCCCCCUCAGCGCCUCGCGCCCCAACGGGCAGCAACAGCAGACCCGCGCGCGCACAAACGCAUGCCCAGGGCGUCCGAGCUGGGGCUCGCGCCCCGCUUCCGGGUGGAAGGGCAGGACGGGCUGGCGCCUCUGAUUGGCCGUGAGCGAGGGGCGGCGGUUGCUAAGUAACCGCGUCAGGCCUGAGCCGGCGCGGAGGGGGUGGGGUUUGGCUGGUGGCGGCUUGGAUAUGAAGGCUCUGCCCCUGGCGCUGCUGGCGCUGCUCGCACUCAGGGUCCCAGCGCAGGAACCAGAAAAAAGUUUUGAAAACCAGACAGAAGAUAAUGUUUCAAAACAAGAAGCACUGAAUGAAAGUCAGAGAUUAUCAGUUAAAGAUACAUUUUCUUCACAAGAAGAACAGGCUAAGAAGGAGAAAAAUGAAGAGAGAGGUCGUCAUCUUUAUAAAACAAGCAUUAAAAUAUUGAAACAUUCCAAAAGAAAAAAAGAGAAAAAUGAAGCCUACCAACUACUUACUAAAGCAGCAGAUUUGGGAAAUUUGAAAGCUAUGGAAAAACUUGCUGCUGCAUUGCUGUUUGGUUAUCAUGUUCCUCAAAAUAUAACUGCAGCUGUGGCUUUAUAUGAAACUUUGGCUGAAAAAGGAUCUCAUAAAGGCCAAACUGUAUUAGGAUUUAUGUCUUCAUAUGGCAUAGGAGUGGAGUAUAAUCAAGCCAAGGCACUUCUGUAUUAUACAUUUGGAAGUCUUGGAGGAAACUUGAUAUCUCAGAUGAUUUUGGGAUAUCGUUAUUGGUUAGGAAUCAAUGUUCCAAGGAACUGUGAAGCAGCAUUAAUUAAUUAUAAGAAAGUGGCAAAAUUUAUUGCUGAUAAAUUAGGAAAACAUGAUGACAUGCCAGUAGAAAAAAUGAGACUGAUGGAAAGAUCAGAAAAUAUGAGUUACAACAAUGUCUUCUUAGAUUGGGAUGUACAACAAUACUACAAGUUUUUGGCUAAAAGAGGAGACACACAGAUACAGGUGUAUCUUGGACAAUUACAUCUUGUAGGAAGGAAGGGAGUAGAAAAAGAUCAUUCUAAAGCUUUCUACUACUUCCUAAAGGCAGCAAAAGCAGGGAAUGCUAAUGGUAUGGCAUUCCUGGGAAAGAUGUUUUUAGAAGGAAGUGUUGCUGUGAUACAGAGCAAUGCUACUGCAUUUAAAUACUUCACAAUGGCAGCUGAAAAGGGCAAUGCUGUUGGAAUAUGGGGACUAGGUCUUCUUUAUUUCCAAGGAAGAGGAGUCCCAUUGAACUACACUGUAGCUUUUAAGUACUUUGAAGAAGCAGCUGAGAAAGGUCUGGCAGAUGCACAGCUCCAGCUAGGAAUCAUGUAUCACUCUGGCACUGGAGUCAAGAAAGACUAUAAACUUGCUUUCAAAUAUUUUUACGUGGCAUCUCAAAAUGGGCAACCCAUUGCUGUUUAUUACUUGGGCCAGAUGUACGCUGCAGGAACAGGAGUGUUUAGAUCAUGCCAAAAUGCAGUUGAGCUCUACCGAAGCGUUUGUGAACUGGGAAGUUGGUCGGAGAAGUUCCUGACUGCAUACUUUGCUUACCAGGCCGGUGAGACAGAUUCAUCUCUUGUUCAAUAUGCAUUUUUAGCAGAAAUGGGAUAUGAAGUAGCUCAAAGUAAUUCAGCUUACAUUUUGGAAUCUGAAAAGGUUAAAAUUCUCAGGGAAGAUCACAAGUAUCCUUUGGCAUUUCUCCUGUGGAAGAGAGCUGCAGCUCAAGGCAAUGCAUUUGCUAGAGUCAAAACUGGAGACUACCACUUCUACGGUUAUGGAACCAAGAAGAAUUAUGUCACAGCAGCAUUUUAUUACAGCCUGGCAGCUGAUCACCAUAAUGCUCAAGCCAUGUUUAAUCUGGCAUAUAUGUUUGAACAUGGUUUAGGUAUUCCAAAGGAUAUAUAUUUGGCUAGGAUGUGGUAUGCUGUUGCAGCAAAAACAAGCCCAGAUGCUUCCAUUCCAGUGUUCUUAGCAACUUUGAAACUAGAAGUUACUGUUUUCCUCAGAGAAAUGAAGUUUUUCAAGAUUAUUACACAAUGGAAACUGUCAGAACUGGACAACAUUCUUGGACCACACUGGGAUCUGCUUGUAGUGGCAGUCAUAGUCAUUUUGCUUCUUCUCUUAAUUAGCAAUAGGUACUAGACAAACGUUACUGACAAAGCCUUUUGGCAAUUACUCUUCUUUAUAUUCUGAACUAAUAAAAUGUGUAUUACUUAUUUUUUCUA